AUGUCAUGGCUGAUUGGCUGGGUAGAAGCUGCUUGCCCUUUCGACUGCCGCUGCGGUCUAGAUUCCCGAGGACGUCGCUCGGUUUUCUGUGCUGCAGGAUCUAUGUUUGGUCCUGUACCUGUGAACCAGAUGGAGUCAAAUAUACAGGUAAUCAGAAUCACAGCUCCAGAGAACCAAGAAAACUGCCUCACAAUGGGCCCCAUCUUCCAGAGGUUCCACAGGUUGGAGGAAGUUCACAUCACUCACUCGAACGUACCCAGCAUUGGAAAGCACUCUUUCUGGGGCGUCCCCAACCUCAGGCUGCUCAAUCUCACAUCUAAUAAUAUAUCUCAGGUGGGUUUGUCAUCCAUUUAA